UGUUUAAAUAUAUAUACAUAGGUAUACUGUACAUGAAUAAAGUGAGAUAGUAGGAAAUGGUAUGACCGAUUUCACAGGGAAAAAAAUAAAUGAGAGAAACGAAUAGAAUACGAAGGGAUGAACAAAACGAUCGCGUCGGCGCAAGUUAAGGCAAAGAAAACAAUUAAUCGUGGGCGCGUCAAGUUUGUAUCUUUUAAAAAUAAUAAUAAUAAUAAAAAAAAAUACACAUUACUGUAAUUAAUAAUAUUGUAGAUUUAUUUGUUUAUUAAAUAAUCAAUAAUAUAUAUAAAUAUAUAUAGAGUAGUAUAUACAGUCUUGUACAAGUUGUGUUUGUGACACGAAAGAGUGUUGGUGUAUUGAAGAGAAUAGAGGUUCAUUGUGGCGACGCGUGCAUGAAAGGCCGUUGAGAGUAAGACAGCGGGCGGUUCCCACCACGUCCUAGCAAAAGCAACAAGUGUCAGAUAAAAUAAAACUUUUUUAAAAAUCAUCCAAGUAUUUAAGUUUAAACUUUAAAAUUGUUUAAAUAAAUCGACGAGGAUGGGGUGCGCUGUGAGCACCACGGGAGAAAAGGCUGCCGCCGAGAGAUCGAAAAAAAUUGACAAGGAUCUACGUCUUGAUGGGGAACGAGCUGCCAGUGAGGUCAAACUUCUUCUACUGGGUGCGGGAGAGUCAGGUAAAUCGACGAUAGUCAAGCAAAUGAAAAUAAUCCAUGAGACUGGAUACAGCAGAGAAGAAUGCGAGCAAUAUAAGCCAGUUGUCUACAGCAACACCAUCCAAAGUUUGAUGGCGAUUAUUCGGGCUAUGGGCCAGCUGAGAAUAAAUUUCGCUGACCCAAAUAAAGCUGAAACAGCGCGGCAAUUUUUUACCCUAGCUUCCGCGGCAGAAGAGGGCGAACUCACUGGGGAACUUGUUCUACUAAUGAAGAGAUUAUGGCAAGAUGCAGGAGUGCAGCUUUGUUUCACACGUAGCCGAGAGUAUCAAUUAAAUGACUCGGCGGCGUAUUAUUUGAAUGCUUUGGAUCGUAUAUCCCAACCUAAUUAUGUACCAACCCAACAGGAUGUCCUGAGGACACGAGUAAAAACAACGGGGAUAGUUGAAACUUACUUUUCAUUUAAAGGAUUACACUUCAAAAUGUUUGAUGUUGGUGGACAAAGAUCGGAAAGAAAAAAAUGGAUCCACUGUUUCGAAGGAGUGACGGCGAUAAUAUUUUGCGUUGCACUAAGUGGAUACGACCUUGUUCUUGCCGAAGAUGAAGAAAUGAACCGUAUGAUAGAAUCGAUGAAGCUCUUUGAUUCGAUUUGUAACAGUAAGUGGUUCGUAGACACAUCAAUAAUUCUAUUUUUAAAUAAGAAAGAUCUUUUUGAAGAAAAAAUAGCUAAAAGUCCUCUAUCGAUUUGUUUCCCGGAGUACAAAGGCGGCAAUACGUUUGAAGAGUGCGCUGAUUAUAUACGAAUGAAAUUUGAAAAUUUAAAUAAACGUAAAGAUCAGAAACAAAUUUACACACACUUUACGUGUGCCACUGAUACGUCCAACAUACAGUUCGUAUUUGACGCAGUAACUGAUGUUAUUAUUAAAAAUAAUUUAAGUAACUGUGGAUUGUUAAGUUGAGCUUUUAUGAAAUCGGCUAUCAAUUGUCAGAGCUUAAUUAAUAUAAUUAAUAUUAAUAUUA